AUGCGCCAGUCCGCGAUUUCCCAGGCGCUGCAGGCAACCACCGACCAGGAGCACUUCGCCCGGCAGUGGUUCGAAAGGCGCUUGGAGAUGUUGGUGCUGAUGCACUGCCGGCUGCGCUACUUUGCGAAGGGCGACGCAAAGCUGGUGGCACAUUUGCGGCGCUGCCGGUUCCAGGCACAGUGCCUGCUGUGGUUCCUGCACCACUGCACGGACUAUGGCAGUGAGCUCGCCAGCAAGGAGUUCCCGGAUGAGGUGAAGGCGUACUUGCCGGAGCCGUGGCUGCAACUGGCGAAAGGGCCGCUGGUCCGUUUCAGGAGGGUGGGAUUCCGCCUGCCUACGUGUGGUACCCUCCCUACGCCUUGGGCCGGAUCGAGUGGAAGUUGCGGCAGGUGA